CACGCCGCCCUCCUUCCGCUGGCGGCCGGCAAGAGAGGCCCCUUGGACGGCGAGGCCUCAGCCUCCGGGAGCCGCCAUGGCCAGCUUCACCAAGGCCGCGCAGCAAUGGGCCACGUUUGCUCGAGCCUGGUAUCUUAUAGAUGCGAAGAUGCAACCGCCAGGAAAAAUUGCAGCCAUCACUGCCAUCAGACUUCAGGGGAAGCAUAAGCCUGUGUACCAUGCACUAAGUGACCUUGGAGAUCAUGUUGUCAUAAUAAACACAAGGCACAUUGCUUUUUCCGGGAACAAAUGGGAGCAGAAGGUGUAUUCAUCACAUAGUGGAUACCCUGGUGGCUUCAAACAGGUGACAGCAGCUCAGCUUCAUCUAAGGGACCCAACUGCAAUUGUAAAACUGGCUACGUAUGGAAUGCUCCCCAAAAACCUUCUCAGAAGAACUAUGAUGCAAAGGCUGCACAUCUUUGCAGAUGAUGUAAUCCCCGAAGAAAUACGCAAGAAUCUUGUAGAGGUGCUUCCGCAGCCCCGCAAAGUGCCCAAGAGGUUUGACGAAUAUACGCAAGAGGAAAUCAAUGCUUUCCCAAGGCUCUGGAAUCCACCUAAAGAUUUUCGACCAGCAUAGCAGGAAGAGUGUGAAAGAAUGGGAACAGGAGCCUACAUGCUUCGUCUUCUAGAAGAUAAAAGCCAUCCAGCAUUUCACAGUUUAGUUAAUUGCAUAAAGCUUUAAUUGUCUGCUCUAAAGCAAACUUGAUUUUUUUUCAGGUUUAGGGCAGUAUUACUUCAUUUGUUUAUGCUUGGUAAUCCCCUUUUUCUUCUGUGGACGGGGAACGGGGCUGACAAUAAAAAAUACUUUUCUGAAAUUAA